UUUUUUUUUAACAAAAUGGUGUAACAAAAAACAAAGUUUCUCUAAGAAGGAAUUCAACAUAUUUUUAUUAUUAUUAUUUCCUUUUCUUUUUUUAUCCUUUCUUUUCUUUUCUUUUUCUUUUCUUACUUAAUUUCUUUUUUUUUAUAAUUUAUGACAGUAAGCGAAGAGAAACCAGUUAAUAAUAGUGCUCGACGACGUUCAAGUGUUGUUUCAACGAAAGCAACUAAAGAUGGAUUAACUCGUAAACAUUCUGAACGUCAUCAAGUGAUGCAGAUUCAAAAUUAUAUUAUUUAUCGAAAAACCAUUGGAGCAGGUUCAAUGGGGAAAGUGAAGUUAGCUGAAUGUCUUGAUGAUAUUCAUAAACAAAAAUAUGCAGUUAAAAUCAUGCCUAAAAUGGACCCUAACUUGAUAAAAUUAAACUCAAAUAAACCAAGGGAUCCAAAGGAUACACCUGAAGAAAGAGAACAGAGAACAAUUCGAGAAAUGGCUAUUAUGCGUUUAUUACGACAUCCAAACAUUUGUCAAUUAAAAGAAUAUAUCUCUGAGGGAGAUAAAUAUUACAUGUUUUUAGAAUAUGUCGACGGUGGUCAAUUAUUAGAUUAUAUCAUCAAAAAUGGGAAGCUACGUGAAAAACUAGCAAGAAAAUUUUCACGACAAAUUAUUAGUGCAAUAGAUUAUUGUCAUAGAAAUUCAAUUGUUCAUCGAGAUUUGAAAAUUGAAAAUAUCCUUAUUACUCGUACUGAACAAUUAAAGAUUAUUGAUUUUGGUUUAUCCAAUCUCUAUUCACCUACUCAACAAUUGGAUACGUUUUGUGGCUCACUUUAUUUUGCUGCACCAGAGUUGUUAAACGCUCGACAGUAUACUGGACCUGAAGUAGAUGUUUGGAGUUUUGGCGUUGUCUUGUAUGUCUUGGUGUGUGGGAAGGUUCCGUUUGAUGAUAGUAAUCUACCAGCAUUACAUGAAAAGAUUAAAACUGGAGUGAUAGAGGAGUAUCCUGAACAUUUAGGGAAAGAGUGUGUAGAUUUAUUAUCUAGAAUCUUUGUUGUGGAUCCUGGUCGACGUAUUACGUUAACAGGUAUUAAAGCGCAUCCUUGGAUGAAUAAAGGUUAUGAAGAACCUAUUCGAAAUUAUCUACCACGCAGAGAACCUCUUGAAAGGAUCGAUAUGGAGAUUAUUCAAGGGAUGGAUGGGUUUGGAUUAGGUAAUCCGUCAGAGAUAAAGGAAAAAUUAACAAAGAUCAUCUCUUUCCCUGCUUAUCAAGAGGCUGCAUUAAAAAUUGUUGAAAAUUAUCAAAUCUCUACAGCCCUUGACGAUCAACUAACAAAUAAAUCUCGGUGGCGACGUAGUCUGUCAUCUACUGUACGUAAAAAGAAAUUAGACCUAUCGGAUGAUUUUCAAUCAUUACCUGCCAUGUACGAUCCUCUCAUUUCAAUCUAUUAUCUCGUAAAGGAAAGAAAGGAGACAGAAGAAAGGAAAAAACAAUUAUUAAGUGCACCCUCUGCUCCUAAAAAUGCUCUGAGUAGAUCCACUAGUACAUUUGUGACAGGCAGAAAAUCAAAUCAUUCAAGUUCCUUACUACAAGACUUUAGUCAUGUCAAUAACAAAAUGACUUUAACACGAAGAAGAACAUAUGAUGCAUCUAAAAAAUUACCUGCUUUACCUCCUUUCACCGAUCAUUCAUCUAACUCUAGUCACUUGAAAACUAAACAAUCUUCUUCUUCUUCAACAACAACAACAACAGCAACUACUACAGCCGCCGCUGCUGCUGCUGCUGCCACGCUUCUUUUACGAAAGAAAAGUUUACAAGCUGUCAAGAAGCUUGGCAUCAUUCGAUCACCCACUAUUAAAAAUAUAAAUCACGAAAAUUCAUUUACAAAUGAUGAGGAUACUACUACAAAGCAAUCCAUGGGAGAAAAUAAAGCAAAGAAACCAUCUUCGAGUAGUAUCCCAUUUACUACUUCAUCAUCUACUACUACUGCUACUACGACAUCAUCAACAACGAAUGAAAGCCAACUACUAAAGACUAGAAUCGAAUAUAAUCAUAACCUAGUUCCCUCAACUAAUUUAAUAGUAGCAGCCAGAAAAAAGGCUCGCUGGUUAAAGUUGGACUUUAAACAGAAUACGACUCUAUCAACUCAAGAACAUCAAUCGACGAUACAUGUAGACCAUCCUAAAAGACCUUCAUGGAAAAGAUUAUCUAUGCAUCGUAAAAACUCCACUCAACUUUCAUUGGACCCCAUCUCUCAUGAAGAUUUUCCUAAUUCCUACUUGAGUCCUACAUCCCCUACUCAUCAUCAUCAUCAUCCUAUUCAUCCUAUUGAAGGUGAAUCUACUUCUAGACCUAUCGUAAUGACAACUAGUAUAUCAGAAUUUGCUCCACAUAAACUUAAAAAAUCAAAUUCACCAUCAUCAUCAUCAUCAUUAUCAUCAUCAUCGUCUUCUUCUUCAUUAUCCAUGGUAACAACAAAAACUUCACUUAAGAGUAUCUUUCAAUUUAAUAAUCGAAAUCACUUAUUUCGUAUGUCACGGAAAGAACUCAUGGAAAACUUGGAACAUGUACUAUAUCAAUUAGGGAUCGAGAUCCUUUCCACUGAGGGAUAUCAAGUGAAUUGUAGUUGUAAACGGUACGUCAUAGAUCAUUAUAUUCCAAAGGAAGAUAAAGAACACAAGACAUUCAACUAUGACCAUCAAAACAUCUUGUUUUUUAUUUUGAUCUAUGAAGCAAGAUGGGCAAGAGGAAAGAUUGGUAUUAAAAUCAAGGAACAUAUACAUCAUAAUGGUCUCACUCGUCAUCCAAAUAUAUACAGUAAACAAGUAUUUCAAAACUUGUAUCAUGAUAUAUUAGAUCAGAUCGAGGCCAAAUCAAAAAAAGAAAAAUCAAAAAAAGAAAAAAAAAAGUAGAAACUAGUUUAUAGAUUAGAUUAGAUUAGAUUAGAUUUAGAUAGAUAUUAAAAAAAAAAAGAUAAAAAGAGUGGGAUUGGAGAGAAGAGAGAAAUC